UCACCUAUCUGGCUAGGAACUUUGGCUGGAGCAGCAGUGCUGGCACUGAACUCGACCAAACCACCAGAGGCCUCAGCUGGCCCUGCGUGGAAGAGGGGGUCUGCAAACGCCGGACAGCAAGGCGUCUGGGUUGGGUCCCUGCUGUGGUGACCGCACCUCCUGUCCCCCACCUCCCUGCGGGGACCCUGUUAGACACCUCUGCUCAUCCUCCCGCAGGAGAAGCCCCAGCCCGGCGCGCUGUCAGUGAGGAGCCCCCUCAUCCCCAGAGGGCGGGCUGGCGCACCUCGUCCUCCCUCCCACCGUGCCUCCCUCACACGGCCCCUCCCGAAGUGCAUCCCCAGGCCCGGGCUGCGCCGGGCACUGCAUGCCCGGCCCCCCAGGCUGCCGGCCCGCCGCAGGUCACUGGAGGCUGCCCGGGGCUCCUGCCCCGGCCGCCAGAGUGCCCCACCACGGUGGAGAAAGGAGCGAAUGCUUCGCGGGCGAGGCCUUCUGGGUCCUGCCGCGGCCCGUACGCUGCCUCUGACCCGGAAGUGGACGGUGGGGGCCCUGGGACAUUUAAACGGUGCGGAGCGGCGCGGGGAGCGGCUCGGCCGCAAUAUUGAAGCACUUCAGUAAGGAUGCAGUUAUUUUGAAGACUCCAGAUUGAACACGACAAGAUUUCACUUCUGAUAACUGCUAAACUGAUGCAUCUGAUACAAUCUGUCAGUCACUGCUGUAAUUUACCUGGCUUUUUCAAAGGCAAGGAAGAACAGAUUAAAGGAAUCCCAUAUAUUUGAGGUGUCAGCCUCAGGACAGAAAUCGCUGUUUUGUGUGGCAUAUGGGCAGGUAUGGCUUACGGGCUCCCUGUUACCGACAGGGAUUUGGUGCAGGUACAUCAUGAAGCCCCUUCCCCCGGUGGAGUGACUUAUCAACCCAGAAUUUCUGUAAAGGUCAAUACAUUCUUAUUUAGUACAUUUUUGCCUCUUUUGGCGUAAACAAUUAUUUGACACUUCGUUUCAAGAAAAUAACCCUUUUUUCCCCUGUGUCUAUUUAUAACUCUGAAGUUUGGGCCUUUUACUGCACUAUGGAUCAGCUGGAGUAUGUGACAAGUAAUACUGCUGCCCAAGGUGCCAAGGAGGGAUUGAGCAAGCCUGCUGCUCCCCAGAAGAAUGCUUACACGAGGCUUGUGCAAAAGCACCACAGCAGCCGGUUCCGGUCAUAUUUGAAUCACAUUUCACAGAAGAUGCAGCUAGAAGAUGACCCCAGCUUGGAUCUGGACCCACCCCUGAGGAGAGGCCUGGAGAGGGAUAAUCCAGCCAGGAAUGGGUUGAAUGUGCACAGCUAUUCACCAGUCAGAACAUCUCACCUGGAACAGACCAUGCCUGGAGGAUUUGAGAAUGAGAAACCCCAGAUCGCUCAGAACACAUGUCCUCAUAAAAAAAAUGCCUUUGUUAGUCUAGAAGGAGACUUGGAGGUGGAGGAUGAGUUUUAUGUACAUCAACGUGGAGCUGCAUCUGACUUGUUAAAUAUCAGUGAUGCCCUGGGUGGGAGAGUAUCGAACAGCCUCAGACACUGUGCAGCUCUGCAGAAGUCCUCUGGGUCUGAUGAAAAGGAUGAGGAGGAUAUGUGGAGGAAGAAACAUAAGAAACGAGGCAGACAUCCUGCCAGCACAGAUACAGCAGCUGGACACUUGUUGACUGAGCAGCUUAGUGAGGAUGUGCUGGCAAUAAAUGCCAGGAAAAACAGUCAGUUGUCUCCAGGUCAAGUCCAAGGUGCAGAAAAGAGAGGGUAUGCAAGGACCAGAAACAACUCUGAAUCUGCAAGAACUCCCCAGAACUUCGAUAGGAAGAGGCAACUCUCUGAAUCGCAGACAGAAACAAUGAACAAUUCAGACAGCAGAAUAAAUCCUAGACAACUGGGAACUCCCAGAGGAGGAUCCUGUGCUGCUGUCCCAACAUCAGGUGAUAGAAAGAAUCUAAAUAAACCCACUCGAGGGAGGAAGAAGAGUGUAUUUGAAGCCUACAUGUCAAAAGAAGAUGUAUCAGCAGGACUGAAAAGGGGAGAGCUACUUCAGGGACCCUUGAGAAUAAAUCCUAAGAAGUACCAUGAAGCCUUCAUUCCAUCUCCAGAUGGGACUCGCGAUAUCUUUAUUGACGGAGUGGUUGCUCGCAACAGAGCCCUGAAUGGUGACAUUGUGGUGGUGAAACUGCUUCCCAAGGAGCAAUGGAAGGUAAUAAAGCCAGAUGGUUGUGACAAAGAAACAGAAGCCACGCAUGAAUCAAAUGUCCCUGAGGAUACGUUGGGCACUUGCAUUCCUCAAGAGGCAGCGAAAGGCGAUGCUAGAAGUCUGGAUGUCAUUAUAGAAGCUCAGUUUGAUGAUAAUGAUGCAGAGCAUGGACAAGACCACUUGCAGAAUAUCUUGACAGAUGACAUUAAGAAACUAUUACUGGAUACUGGUGAAAAGGCAAAGGCUAUUGGGAUCAGUGCUGUGCACAGAACAAAGCAAGAUGAUGGACCCAAGGUGAAUGAUCCCAGGCUCCUCCCAGAUAAGUGUCUUCAAAGGACAGCAAAGGUGGUCUAUAUUUUGGAAAAGAAGCAUUCCCGAGCAGCUACAGGUUUCAUCAAGCUUCUGGCAGACAAGAAUAGUGAACUUUUCAAGAGGUGUGCCAUGUUCUCACCUGUGGACCACAGAGUGCCCAGGAUCUAUGUGUCCUUGGCUGAUUGCCCUCCAGACUUUGUGACCAGGCCUGAGGACUAUUCAAAUGUACUCUUCAUCUGUCGCAUAGUGGACUGGAAAGAAGACAGCAACUUUGCAACAGGGCAAUUGGCCAAAAGUCUUGGUCAGGCUGGGGAGAUUGAGCCGGAAACGGAAGGGAUCCUGACGGAGUACGGUGUGGAUUUCUCUGACUUUCCCUCUGAAGCCCUGGAAUGCCUUCCCCAGAACCUGCCCUGGGUUAUCUCAUCGGGAGAGCUGGCCAAAAGAAGAGAUUUAAGGAAAGAAUGCAUUUUCACCAUCGACCCAUCAACUGCCAAAGAUCUUGAUGAUGCUUUGUCCUGUAAACAACUCCCUGACGGAAACUUUGAAGUGGGUGUUCACAUUGCGGAUGUAAGCUACUUUGUACUGGAAGAAACAGCAUUGGAUAAAGUAGCGAGUGAAAGAGCAACUAGUGUCUAUCUAGUGCAAAAGGUGGUUCCAAUGCUUCCCAAGCUGCUCUGUGAGGAGUUAUGCAGUCUCAAUCCCAUGCAAGAUAGACUGACAUUCUCUGUGAUGUGGAAGUUGACUCCAGAAGGCAAGAUCCUUGAUGAAUGGUUUGGGCGGACAGUCAUCUGCUCCUGUGUGAAGCUAAGCUAUGACCAUGCACAGAGUAUGAUUGAAAGCCCUAGGAAAGUGUUCUCACCUGAAGAACUACCCCCUGUCUCCACUCAGCACUCAAUAGCCGAGAUCCAGCAAGCUGUGCUGAACCUGCAUCGGAUCGCCCAGCACCUCCGCAAACAGCGCUUCAUUGAUGGUGCUCUGCGCUUAGACCAGCUGAAGCUCUCGUUUACCUUGGACCAGGAGAGUGGGAUGCCUCAAGGCUGUUAUAUCUAUCAGUACCGGGACAGCAACAAGCUGGUGGAAGAGUUCAUGCUGCUUGCAAACAUGGCCGUGGCCCACCAGAUCUACCGCUCCUUCCCCAAUCAGGCCCUGCUUCGCCGCCACCCCCCACCUCAAAGCAAGCUGCUGAAAGACCUCAUGGAGUUUUGCAACCAAGUUGGCCUCAACAUCGACUUCAGCAGUGCAGGGACCCUGCAUAAAAGCUUAAAUGAAACAUUUGGUGCCGACAAAUAUUCCGAAGCCAGGAAAGAAGUGCUGACUAACAUGUUCUCCAGGCCCAUGCAGAUGGCUCUCUACUUCUGCACCGGUGUCCUGGAGGACGAGACCCUCUUUCGCCACUACGCCCUGAACGUGCCCUUCUACACUCACUUCACCUCACCCAUCCGCCGCUACGCAGACAUCAUUGUGCACCGUCUCCUCUCCGCCUCACUUGGCUGCAGCUCCCCCAUCAAGAUGGAGAAAGAGGCAAUCCAGAGACAAGCAGAUCACAGCAAUGACCGGAAGAUGGCUUCCAAGAGGGUGCAGGAGCUCAGUGCUGACCUCUUCUUCAGCAUCUUUGUUAGGGAGUGUGGUCCUCUGGAGUCAGAGGCCAUGGUGAUGGGUGUUCUUAACGAGGCCUUUGAUGUCCUGGUGCUGAAGUUUGGAGUCCAGAAGCGCAUCUACUGCAAUGCGCUGCCCUUGCUGGGCUUCCACUUCCGGAAGGUGGGGAGGAAGCCAGAGCUGACGCUUUUGUGGGAACCGGAGAAGCCAGAACAGGAAUCUGUGCCCCAGGUGAUCACCAUUUUCACGCUGGUGGAGGUGGUGCUGAGGUCAGACGGCGUCCCGCUCAAGUACAGUGCCCUGCUCAAGAGGCGGAGCUCGGAGAAGUGAGCGCCCUGGGCUGUGUGUGCUUCUCACUGCCAACGCUUCCUCACCUCCCCACACCGGCACCCGCUGGGGACACAGGGGACCCACGAGGAGUGUGGGGUUCUCAGUUUUAAAACCGAUGCCAUUUUAUUUCUGGUUUGUAUUUUAACUGGCCGGGCACAGGGCUCAGGGCUUGAGCUGCCCCAGGUGAGGGCAUUUCUGCUCUAGGGUGUUUUAGCUUGGUGCUUGAUUUUGUUUCUUAAGGCAGCGGCAUCCAUCCCCAGCUAUCUUGGGUGCCCGUGGUGAGGGCCAAGUGGGGACGUGUGUCCCCAACAGAGGAGAGGGGCUGGCUCCACCUCCAACCAGGUGGGAUGCAGUGGGAAGCAGCCAUGGGGCCAUGCAGGAGGGUUUCUUACGGGGUUGUGUAUCAUGAAAUAAAAGCUGGGUCAGCAGCU